AUGGCAUUUUCCCUGCCACCAGGUCCAAACAAUGGGAAUAAAGUGCUACACUAUAAUAUUAGGCAAAGUAAUAGUACAGAUUCGCUAGAUGAAGCUUUAGAUAACAUUCAUAUUAAUAACCUUGGGGAUACCUUUGAAACUCAAGAUAUUAAUAAUAGUAGUUACAAGGGCGAUGAAUGGAAUAAUGAUAAUCAUAAUGAAACAAUUGAGCUAAGGACCAUUUCAGGAACCGAAUCAGAUAAUAAUGAUACUAUUCGUAAGUCUAUACAUUCUAAUACCCGUCCUUUGUUAAAUGAUCCACAUAGAGAUUCAUUUGACACAAUUGCAGAUGUGAAUAAUCUUACUAAUCGAUUUUCCAAGGAAAGGAAUUUUUUUCAUAAAGCUCUAUCAAGUAUUAGUUCAGGAAUAAGUGAUGGAUUAAAGAAAUUGAAAUCUAGAAAUUCACAAAUAAGAAUAAAUAAUAAAAAUACUGAAAGGGUUAUAAAACCUGGGAAUACUCAUUUAAAUCAAAAAAAGCCAUAUUCUGGGAAUCAAAUUUCUAAUGCGAAGUAUCAUCCGUUAACGUUUGUUCCAAUACUAUUAUAUGAACAGUUUAAAUUUUUUUUUAAUCUAUAUUUCCUAGUUGUUGCAUUAUCUCAGGCUGUUCCAGUACUAAGAAUUGGUUACUUAUCCUCAUAUAUAGUGCCAUUAGCAUUUGUUAUUACCGUUACAAUGUUAAAAGAGGCUACUGACGACAUUCAAAGGAGGAGCCGUGACAAAGAAUUAAAUAAUGAGCUAUAUGAAGUAUUACAAAAGGAUGGCCAAGUUACCAGUAAAGAUCUGAGAGUUGGAGAUUUGAUAAGACUGAAAAAAGGAUCAAGAGUUCCUGCUGACUCCGUUUUGUUACAGACUAGUGAGGUUACUGGUGAAGCAUUUAUCAAAACCGAUCAAUUGGAUGGGGAAACGGACUGGAAGUUAAGAAUCGCACCACCAAUUACACAGUCACUACAAGAAAGUGAACUGAUUGAAAAAACUACGAUAAACGCAUCUCCACCUGAAAAAUCAAUUCAUAGUUUUUUAGGAAAGGUCGCUGUGGAUCUUUCAGAUUCCAUUUCAUCCCCUUUAACUAUUGAUAACACUCUGUGGGCAAACACAGUAGUUGCUUCAAGUGGUACUUGUAUCGCUUGCGUCGUCUAUACAGGUAGGGACACAAGACAAUCAAUGAAUACAACAAAAUCUUCUGUUAAGACUGGUUUAAUAGAAUUAGAAAUUAACUCUCUUUCAAAACUAUUAUGUGUAUCGGUUUUUGCUUUAUCGAUAUUACUAGUUGCAUUUGCAGGUUUUCAUAAUGAGGACUGGUAUAUCGAUAUUAUGAGAUACCUAAUUCUAUUCUCCACCAUUAUCCCAGUAUCGUUAAGAGUUAAUUUAGACUUAGCAAAAUCAGUAUAUGCCUAUCAGAUAGAGCAUGAUAAUACCAUACCUGAAACUAUAGUUAGAACGAGUACAAUUCCCGAAGAUUUAGGUCGUAUCGAAUAUUUGUUAAGUGAUAAAACUGGUACGUUGACACAGAAUGAAAUGCAAUUGCGCAAAGUUCAUUUAGGUACUGUAUCUUACACUACUGAAACAACAGAUAUUGUCACAGAAUAUGUUUCAAAUUUCGUUAAUAAUUCAAUGAAUGGUACAAACAGCAUUGCUUCGAGAAAGCAGAUCCAUUCCAGAGUAUGCGAUAUGAUUCUCUCAAUGGCAAUUUGUCAUAAUGUCAUCCCAACGACUGUUGAAGAUGAAAUAACUUAUCAAGCAGCAUCGCCUGAUGAAAUUGCGAUAGUUAAAUAUACGGAAGAGGUUGGUCUUACACUAUACAAGAGAGAUCGUCAUUCAAUGACAUUACUUCAUGACAGCACUAACGAACAAUUCCAAUAUGAUAUAUUGCAUAUAUUUCCAUUUAAUUCAGAUUCGAAGCGUAUGGGUAUUAUAGUUUUAGAUAAACAGAAUGAUACAUACUGGUUUAUGGAAAAAGGUGCCGAUAGUGUGAUGUCAAAAAUAGUAAGCAGCAAUACUUGGUUAGAUGAAGAAGUUGGAAAUAUGGCUCGUGAAGGUUUAAGAACGUUAGUUUUUGGUAGAAAAAAAUUGUCACAUAAAGUAUAUGAACAAUUUUCCUCACAAUACAACAAGGCUUCUUUAGAAAUGAAUAAUAGAGAAUCCCAGAUGUCUGAUGUGGUUUCAAAAUUUUUAGAGCAUGAUUUGGAACUGUUGGGAUUGACUGGUGUGGAAGAUAAGCUACAAAAAGAUGUUAAAUCUUCUAUUGAAUUAUUGAGAAAUGCUGGUAUUAAGAUAUGGAUGUUAACUGGUGAUAAAGUCGAAACUGCGCGCUGUGUAUCUAUCAGUGCUAAAUUAAUAUCCAGAGGUCAAUAUGUGCACACAAUCACCAAGUUGCAUAAGCCAGAAAACGCAUUAAACCAUCUGGAAUAUCUAUAUGUGAAUAGAAAUGCAUGCCUUCUGAUUGAUGGUGAAUCCUUAGGGAUGUACUUAACAUAUUAUAAGGUUGAAUUUUUUAAUGCUGUAAUACAUUUACCUUCAAUUGUUGCAUGUCGUUGCACACCUCAACAAAAAGCAGAUAUUGCAGUUCUUAUUAGAGAUUUUACUGGAAAAAGAGUAUGUUGUAUUGGUGAUGGUGGUAAUGAUGUUAGUAUGAUUCAAUGUGCAGAUGUUGGUGUUGGUAUUGUCGGUAAGGAAGGUAAACAAGCAUCCCUUGCUGCUGAUUUCUCUAUAACACAGUUCUGUCAUUUGACAGAAUUGCUAUUAUGGCAUGGUAGAAACUCUUACAAAAGAUCUGCUAAACUGUCACAAUUUGUGAUGCACAGAGGCCUAGUUAUUGCAAUAUGUCAGGCAGUCUUUUCUAUAUGUUCAAAAUUUGAACCUAUUGCCCUUUACCAAGGGUGGCUAAUGGUUGGUUAUGCAACUUGUUACACCAUGGCUCCAGUUUUCUCCUUAACUUUAGAUACUGAUAUUAAGAAAUCCCUGGUUAAAGUAUAUCCAGAGCUAUAUAAGGAUCUGAUAGAGGGAAAGAGUCUCUCAUACAAAACAUUUUUUGUAUGGGUAACAUUGUCUAUUUACCAAGGUUGUAUUAUUCAGCUAUUUUCUCAAGUAUUUACUGGCGUUAAUGAAACUUUUUUCUUAAAUUUAGUGGCGUUAAGUUUUACUGCAUUAGUUUUAAAUGAAACAAUUAUGGUCGCUUUAGAAAUAUCUACAUGGAACAAAACAAUGUUAAUUACUGAAAUCGUAACAUUUAUUAUCUAUGUAGUGUCUGUUCCAUUCUUAUCAGAAUAUUUUGAUUUAUCGGACUUUACUACCCUAAAAUUUUAUGCAGAACUAAUUCUUAUUUUAGCAGUAUCUGUAUUUCCGGUUUGGGCAUCUAAAAGUAUCUAUCGCAGAAUGCAUCCCCCUAGUUAUGCUAAAGUUCAACAAUAUUCUGUCGUUUGA